CCCCUGUUCCUCUAUAAAUUUCCUCUCCUAAACCUUCCCAAGCCCCCUUCUCUCUCCCUCUCUCUCUCUCCCCAUAGAGAUCUCUCCCGUUCUUAUACUCUCUCUUUUCCCUCUCUCUCGCUCCAUUUGCAGGGGGAAGACCCUGUUUUUCAAGAGAUUCACUUUAAGAUCUUAGAUCUUGAGUUUUUCCCCCUCUUUCUCUGACGAGAGGAAAUUGCUGGAGCAAGUGAAUCAAAGAAAGAGAAAAUCUUGAUGCUGAAUCCGUUGUUAUUGAUGUUUGAGAUACAUGUCUCCAAUUCUCAGUGAAAUCCUCCUCUCCGGGUUUAUGAUAAACUCCAUAAUCAGGCGCAGGACCCAUCUUGUUCAAUCCUUCUCUGUCGUCUUCCUCUACUGGCUCUACUAUGUCUCAUGAUUUCUGAAACCUUUCCUCUCUAAAAAUCUCCUUAUAUAUAAACCCUAGCUAUAAACCAAUAAGCUUCUUUCGUGUUUCUCCUUGUUCUGCCGUAUCUUAGAUCUUGUUUUCCUUCGUUUUUCUCAUCUGGGUCCUGCUGAAUCCACUGAAAACCCAUAAAAAUCUCUCCUUUACCCGUUUGGAUCCGUAAAGUUGCAACCUUGUUUGUCUCUCUGUGUUUGUCUCUCUGUGUGUCUGUGUGUGUGUAUGAUAUUGAUGGAGUCGUCGUCGUCGCUGUUGUCGGAAGAGAACAACAAUCUGCAGGCGGUGAUGGAGCAGAGGAAGAGGAAGAGGAUGAUAUCGAACAGAGAAUCAGCGAGGAGGUCGAGGAUGAGGAAGCAGAAGCUGCUGGAUGAUCUGACGGCUCAGGUUGCUCAGCUGAGGAAGGAGAACCACCAGAUCGUGACAAGUGUCAGCAUCACAACGCAGCAUUACCUCGCCGUCGAGGCUGAGAACUCCGUCCUCAGAGCACAGAUCGAUGAGCUCAGACACAGAUUGGAUUCCCUCAACGACAUCAUCGCGUUCGCCAGCAGCAACAACAACAGCAACAAUGGCGUCUAUGGAUUGUGUUCGAACGUUCUUGAUCACUCCCAGGCUGAUGAUCUGUUCAUGAAUCAGAUUACCAUGAACAUGUUUUACCUGAAUCAGCCUCUAAUGGCUUCCGCUGACGCGUUACAGUACUGAAAUUUGUGAAACAGAUGUUCUCGAUUUCCCAAAAUGGGCCGUCAAUUUUUUUUUUUCUGUCAGAUUUUUCAGACAUGUCGGAGAGAAGUAGAACGAGAUGGGUCCUUUUGUUUUGGGUAUUUUGCAUUUCUUCUGCUUUUUUUUUUUAUAAAAAAAAAUCAGGAGUCGGGGGAUCUUCAUUAGUGUGUUGGAAUAAAGAAAUCUAUUGUAAUAAAAGGGCAUUUGUGUU